AUUACACCUGCUCCACCUUAGAAUUUCACCUUCACAGUCCAUAGAUCAAUCUCGGCUGCACUCUUCUUCCUUCCACGCUCCUCUUCCCCUCUCGUCUUUCCACCACUACUUAUUUAGAGAGAUAAACACGCGCACUACACACAGUAUGUGUGUGAGAGAAAGAAAAGAGAAGUGAAAAAAUGUCCUUACUACUACUCCUCCACAAACCUUAGCCGGCCAUGUUUGUUUCCACACCGCCUCCUCUUCUCCUCCCCACCGCCUCUAAUGCUGUGAGCUCGCCGCCGCUGAUUGCCGCCGCCGUGCUCCGCCAUGUCCGAUAAUUCCGAUACUAACUUGUUGUGUAACGAGGAAUUGGCGGACGACGUCGUCAGAUCCGAUGCUGACACGUACUCCGAAUAUUGUUCGACACCAAUAACAUCAGAUGAAUCGUCAUUCAUCGCCCGGCUGUUGGAAUCGGAGCCCCACCACAUGCCCCACCCCGAUUACCUCCGCUUCUGCGAAAACCGAUCUAGCCACUUCACCGCUCGCCAGGACUCCAUCAACUCCAUCCUCAAGGUUCAUUCGCACUUUCAAUUCAAACCGGUUACUGCCUUCCUCUCCAUCAACUACUUGGAUCGUUUCCUCUCCUCUCAUAUACUUCCGGAAACUGGGUGGCCGUUUCAGCUUCUAUCAUUGACGUGCUUGUCUCUAGCGGCGAAAAUGGAAGAAUUGUACGUUCCGUUGCUUUUGGACUUGCAAAUGCUGGAAACAACAUACGUCUUUGAGCCCAAAACAAUACAGAGAAUGGAGCUUUUGGUAAUGGCAACUCUCAAGUGGAGACUUCGCUCUGUUACUCCCUUUGACUACCUCCAUUACUUCAUCUCAAUGCUCCCCUCUUCCGCCUCCAAACCGGAUUCGGCCACCACCCUCCACUCGAUCGCCUCCAAUAUUAUCCUUAAUACCACCCGUGUGAUAGAUUUUUUGGGCUUCCCGGCAUCGGUCAUUGCAGCGGCCGCCGUGAUUUCCGCCGCCGGUCAGGGUGUAAAUCUGCCCACUACUUUCGAUGACAGAGUAGACAGAGAAAUGGUGAGAAGCUGUCAUCAACUAAUGGAGGAAUACUUGUUGGACACGUGUCCAUCAGAUGGUCUUAAAGUCAUGAGCAUUGAGCCUCUCGCGCCGCCGAGUCCCAUCGGUGUCCUUGAUGCGGCUGCUUGUGCUAGCUGUGACACCCACUCCGAGAAUCCAGCGUCAGUUCCAGGUCCCGGCUCAGGCGCUGGCGGAGGGGAAGCCGAGCCAGAACCCAAGAGGCAGAGAUUGUCUACGCCGGAUGUACAGGAACCGCAACCAUAGAGUACAUUUUCCUUUUGAAAGUUUCCAGAAUCCCUUUUCUAGGCCUUUUACUUAUUAAUUAAGGGUAAAAAGUGAGUAUCGGAGGGUCAGGAAUUUUGUUCUAAUUUUGCGUAAUUUCUCCAUAUUGCUUGUGAAAAUGAGUGAAGAAACUUGUUAGAUUAAUUGAUGGGUGGCCAUAAUUUAUUAUUAUUUGGCCAAGAAUCACCCCAAUUUCGCUUAA